UGGGGAGGAAAGACGGGGAAAUGAUGGUUAAGAUCAGUGUUGGAAAAAUCAACUCAAACCGAGUCUCAUUGAGCUCUCUCGCACGAAAAAAAUCAUCCGAGAAAAGCAAUAACAAACUCAUGCCCGAAACAAUUCAUUUGGUUCACAGUGAGCAUUUGAAAUAACUCGUCAGCCUAAUUCACAUCCACGAGUUUGUUCCUACCAGAGAAAAUAGGUAGAGAAGCGAAGAGUGUGAAGCCAAAAAUACCUUAUCGAACCGUCAAACUGGUAUCCUAUCGAGCAAAAUCAACAAACCUUGACGAUUACUGCAUAAGUGAAGAUAAGUAUUGCAAUCAUUUGAAACAUAUUUUUACCAAAGUUUUUAAAUAUCAUGGAUAACAGUAUAAAUAACAUUGAUUCCUUGAAUUAAUGAAAAUUGUUCCAUUUUGGAACAUCAGUUUGAUAAUGCCUAGUUAAUAAAACAGCAGUAUAAAUAGUUUUCAAAUGCGGUAUGCGAGAUAGGCACUACCUUCGAUGGGUGGAUUAAUCUGCUUUGCUGCAGUUGCCAGCAUCCAAGCGAUGAAAUCAAAACAGAAAAAGUGUUGCCGUUCUGGCGGCUGUUCACUCUUCGCUUCUCUACCUAUUUUCUCUGGUUCCUACAUAUCUCACUUAACCUCAUGAAAUGCCGUGAGUGAGAAAAUUCAUUCAUUCAUGAUUUGUUUGAUUCACGAGAGCGAAGCUCAUACAGCUCGCGAGUCAUUUAGCAUUACGUUCAUUCGUUUGUCAGUUUUGUUUAUACUGGGGUAGAAAAAUAAAAAAAAAUUGUCUGCUAAGUUGUGUAUGAUUCCGGGUGCAUCAACAAGUGGUCGAUUAAAAGUGGUUAAAAAUGGAAAAAAGCAGUGGUCUUAAGGACAAAAUCGGGAAAGUAGUGGCAGUGCAUGGUGAGCAGUACAAGUGUAUGGUGGCCGCCAAUUGCAACUAUGUGCAGGUUGCGAAACUGAACCACGGAAACUUCUUGAGGCAUAUUCGUACGCAGCACGCCCAGAAGCUGGAAGCUCUUGGCAUACCACCGGCACCUGCAAAAUCCGCCGAGGACUCGCCGCCAACCAAGAAGCAAAAGCGGCCUGGCACUGUUAUGGUGGAAACAACCCGUGAAAGAGUGCUCCUCGGGACGUUGCAAAUGGGAACCGUCAACGCGCUUCCAUUUAGCUUUCCAGAGUGGAUAGGAUUUGAAACUUUGGUGAAGCCGCAGUGGGAAGCAUUCAAAAUUAAAAUGAAUCGCAAAAUCCUGACGCAGUUGUACUCCAAAGCCGCGGAUCUGGCAAGACGCAGGAUUUCUGCAGAAGUUAAGGGAAAAAUGCUAAACCUCAAAAUCGACAGCGCUUCUCGGCGGAAUCAUCAUUCGUUCGGAGUCAUGGUUCAAUUCUUCAACGAAGGAAAUGUUGUUUUCAGAUGCUUGGUAAUUAAAGAAAUGACCAGCAGUCAAACAGCCGCCAAGUUACAAGAAACUAUUGAGAAUGAAGUAUUGAAGGUGUACGGAAUACAGCGAGAACAAAUUUUCACUGUCACUCACGAUAAUGGUAGCAACAUGGUUGCGUCGGUUGCCAAGCUACGUGAUACCCUGUCUUCGGAGUUGGCCGAAAAAUCAUACGUGCGGGAAGAGAUGACUGCCGUCGAAGCCGUUUACCAGGAAAUGGAAGUUUUUCGUCGAAUGGACCUGAACGCUACCGAUGAAGCUAUGGAAGACUACGAUGACAAUGAUGAGGAAAAUGUUGAUCAGGAAAAUCCAUCGUUGGAUGACGAAUUUGCCGCUGCAGACACUGGUGAGGAAGAACUGGACGAUACCAUUGAAAUGCCGGAUGAUCUCGACGAGCUGCUACCCGAAAGCACACGGUGUGCCGCACAUACAUGCCAGCUAGCUGUGUGGGACGCAUUAAAGAAGCAUGAACGACGAAUUAACGCCAUCAAAAAACUCGUCCUCCAUUCUCGUCAAACCAGGUACAAAGAGACUUUCCUGGAGCACAAGGCUCAUUUAGCACCCCCGUCUAACGUAACACGCUGGAAUGCUGUUUACUUGAUGCUCAAGGCUCUCCGCGAACAGAAACCGUUCUACCUAAUGUUGGAAAACAAAUUUCCUGAAAUGGGUAAGUAAUGUUUCGAUUUUUUACAAUAAUAAAUCAUGUAAAUUUAAGUUAACAUACUGUCUCCGCUCGCUAACAUCCCCAUUAGUGAUGAAACGUCACAUCACUUUGAGUUAACUUUAUUAAUAGGUCAUCAUUUCCGAUGUAAUACUAAAAGCUUAAAAAAAAAUAAUCUAAAUUGAUGUUUUGUAAGAUUUCGGCUCCCGAGGUGACGGUCGUGGUAGUCGAAUUGUAUUAAAACUCAUAUGUACUUUAUUUGGUUUGGUCAGGACGUUCACACUGACCACCUGAAAUAGUCCCAAUUGAUGUUUUAUAAGAUUUCGACU